CCGUCAUCUUCUUAUCCUUGUCUUCAACUCUGCGAUGCGUCGCAAGAGUCUAGGGCUUAGUGGAUGGAAGGGCCUCGAGUUGUUCUUUUGGUGAUUCUGCUGCUUUUCAUCUUUUUCACUCCCGACCAGCCAGCGCGACGACGUUUCCAAGUCGAUACAGAUCGUAUUGAAGAACGCCAUCAACGAGAACUCGAUGUCUUGACAAAUUCAUCUUACGGCCAUUUCGAUGCUCAGUCGGACAGAUGGCUCAAUUUGACCGGCUUCCGCGAUACUGAUGGAUAUCAAUGGGAGUUACUACCCCAGGCGCGUUCGUUGAGCCAGCAGCAGUAUGAAAAUGCCUGGGAAGGCAUCGACCUCAACGAUGGAUUGCCCAUCUAUGAAAAGGUCACUGGAGAAAUUAGGGGGAAGUUCUCCCGUUUUGAGACCUUCCUUUCAUCUCCGACGCCCAAUUUGACUGCAAUCGAUCCUGGCAAGGAUUACAUGGUAGCCAGAUUCGAAAGAAACAUCACCGAAAAGGAAGGCGAAGUUAGUUUUACUCUGGUUGAUUCUACUGAAGGCCAUGACCACGACCAUGAACCAUCUGCGAUCAAAGCCGACAUUUCCAUGUGGACGGACUCGUCUCCAGGCAAUGGAUGGCAGGCCAGAUUACAAGGAGUCCAUUUACCAUCUGGUCAGAUCAUCAUGUCCACCACCAGCUCGAAAUUCGAUGCAUUUCCAGCUCUGCCCCAUUUUGCUCUCAACGCCGACACGUUCAACGCAUCACGACAUGUUAUGAACCGGACAGUCCACCAGUAUUGGGAAACGACUCUUGAAGACGUCUCGGAUGGAUUAGCCUUUGCGCCACAAUGUGAAUUGAUUGUCUGGUUGCAACCAUUGCCUCAUAGGUACGAAGAUCAGGAACCGGGCCAAACGCACAAUUAUCUGCAUCGAGUCGAGGAGGAACUCGAACACCCUGAAGGAGCCCCCAUCGGUCGCCCUCCCCUACUCACUUACUCCGCUGUCGUCAUGUCUCCCGACUGUGGCUACAUGCUCAGUACCGAUGCGAUUUUCGGCCCCAAGGUCGAGACGUACUGGGCGCUAGCUCAACGUUUGAUCUUCUCCUUCAUCAUGGCUUUGGGCCUUCAAAUUGCCCUGCUCAAACGUCAAAUGGAGAAAGCGGCCACACCAUCCACAAGAAGUCGGAUUGCUUACCAGGGCAUCGUCAUCGCCGCGCUUGGGGACGGAAUGCUACUAUUCGUGCUCAUAGCGUUAUUGAUGGUGGAUGAGGCGUCCUUCCUUAUGGUUGCCGCAGCUGCAUUCCUAGCAUGCAUCCAUGUCGCUUUUCUAGAGGUUAAGUUCGUCUUCGACAUUUGGACAGUGCAGGUAGGCGAUCCUCAACGAGCAGAACAAGAGAGACGGAGGCGGACCGUGACGACGCAGAACUCGACUGCAACUGCAACGACCACUCCCUCGCCAGCACCAGCGCCCACCCCCACACCCACAACUACGACUUCCACACCUGCACCUACCAGCGCAGACGGCACAGUCGGCCUUCCACUUCCAGCCACCACUCCUCGGCCUCAGGGUGCCACGCCCAUUCUUUUACCUUCGGACCAAGAUCCGACAACCCCAGCCGAUAUUCCUAGCCCUCGAGCAUCCUUUGCCGCAAUCUACUCACGAUUUUACUUCUCCCUCGUCAUGUUGAUGUUUUUCUCCCUGUGGGCCUUGUCAUGGCCGCGAACACUCCGUUCCGCCUACGCGAACCUCCUCAUCUUCGCCUACUUCUCCUUCUGGUGGCCUCAAAUAUACCGCAAUGCAAUGCGCAACUGUCGCAAAGCUCUGGGGUGGGAAUACGUUAUCGGCUCGAGCGUCCUGCGCCCUCUGCCCAUUUUGUACUGGUACUUUGCGGACCGCAAUAUUCUUUCCAUCGACACGAGUCCGGCCACGGGGGUUAUCUUGCUGGGUUGGCUAUGGGUUCAGGUCGCCAUUCUUAUUAGCCAACAAUUUCUCGGCCCACGGCUACUGGUCCGCGAUUCUUGGUGUCCGCCGGCGUACGACUACCAUCCUGUUCUACGCGAAGACGACGUUGAAGCCAACGGCAUGUCGAUUGGUCUGCUGGCGUCGGCGUCCGAGGCCAAAGAUAAAGACGACAAAACCAGAAAGGUGUUUGAUUGUGCCAUAUGUAUGAACGAGAUUGAUGUUCCUGUUGUUUCGAAGACGGACGGUUCUGGGUCAGGAAGAGGUUCGGCCUGGCUGGAGCAGAGAAAUUACAUGGUCACGCCUUGUCGACAUAUUUUCCACGCCGAGUGUUUGGAAGGAUGGAUGAAUUUGAGACUCGUUUGUCCUGUAUGUAGAGAAGGUUUGCCGCCGUUGUAGAUUUUGAAGGCUUAGUACACCUCUUAAAGGAUUUCUGAACAUACAGUGUUUGAGUACAUGCCUAGGUAAAUAGUCUAUUGCAUGCAUUAUCGUUAUGUUAUGAAGUAAGGCA